AUGCUCUUUACCGGUGCUUUCAUGUUUACGUUGUUGGUUUUAGUUGUUAAUGCGAAAACCAAGUUAAAAGCAGGUGAAUUCACCUGUCCCUCUGGUACCACUGCAACAUGUGAUGGCACUAAUGGACCCAAGUCUGCAACUCCAGUGAAUUCUAAGAAGGGAAUUUAUAAGGCCUCGUUUGGCCGUCCACGAUCGUUAUAGGCCGUCGUCUCAAAU